UCUAUACUUAUACAAAAUUAAAAUAUGCUAUCUGUAGGGCACUGAAUAACAUAGGUAGUAUUAGAAGAAAUAACUAAAAUAUAAAAUGCAAAUGAUGAUUGUUUUUGGCUUAAAAUGCUAAAUUACAGAAAUAGCUCAUAUUUUCCAAUACAGCAUGCACAUUUAGCAUUUUGUAGUAUUUCCUGGGAAAAGGAAAGCAGUUGGUAGUCCAUCUGCACUUGCAAAGAAUUAAGUUUUUGACAGAGAAAAGAAUCACUUGUUUAGAGACCAGAGUAUUCUAAAACAUUCAAGUCCAUCAGCUAUCAUAUAUGCACAUGUAUAUGCCUUUAAGAAUGGGGUCAAGAAACCCAGAGUGUAAUUUCACCCUGUUUUAAUGAAUCAGUUUGUUUAUUUGUUCCUUUCUAAUGCCUCACUAUAGCAACAUGCUUAGCUGCUUAGUAAUGAAAUUAUUAACUGCGUAGCCUGAUUUGAUUUCUUGACUUAUGAAAGUCAUGUGAGUAUAUCAUGAAGAUAGCGCAGAUUAUGCUUGGCAAAUCUAAUGAGAAGAACCUGUUUCUUAACAAGCAAUUUCAGAGUGCUAGCCACAGUUUAGUGCCCCUGGGAACUUAAAUAUUGCAGUAAUAAAGUACAUCCCUCUCAGAAAAGCAAAAUCAGGUCUGUCGCUGUUUGUUCCAUCAUCUGCAGGCAGCAUAUUAAAGACACGGCAUACAGUUAGAGCAUUCAUUUCUUGUUCUAUGAGAUGCAUUUGCUUCUAGGUCUCCCGUCCUAGCUGUUUUGGAUCCAUCCCUUAGGGAAUACAAUACGUUAUACAUCAGGUAUAUGUUAGUGAAUGUAUAUCCAUUUACAAUGUUGCAGUUCAUUUAGUUAGCUGGAUACGCCUUGUUCUCGGAUGAUUUCUUUCUAGAAGAUUAUUUAAAUGACGUUUCUUGUAGUCACCUCUUUUGUAUAUGCGGUAGCCUCCUGAAGCCUGAAAGCAGGCUACGCUGACUGCAGUCAGUUGCCACUGGACUAUUCGUCCACACUGGUAAUUGUCCUAAAUUAGCUAGAGCGCUGUGACUCAAACACAUCAGCAGGUGACCACUUAAGCUGGACCUCCUCCUCAUCACCAUCAGGGUGACUUGGUUUCUCCCAGCUGAGGAGGGAAACAAUAACUGCCAGGUUGAUUUUGCUCCAGAUGUGGAAACACUGAGGAAGACAAUCGGAUCGUGGUAGUUGCUACCUGCUUCUACAAUGCUUACCUUCUGGGACAAGCGAGAGUGAGCACCGUCUCUGCCUCACUGAACAGACUGCAGUAUGAUUUUUGCACUUAUUUCCUGGAAGUGUGUGAGGGGCAAGACUGGGGUAACUUAUUCUGGAGUGCCAGUAGCUGCAUAAUUCCCCUGAGCCUUUGAUUUACAUCAUCCUUGGAAUGUAUGUGCAUGUGUGCGCUACAAUUUUACACCUCCUGUUCUAAAAGAAAGGGAUUAUUACAGUGAAACCGAAGGACCGGAGUUACUUGUAUUGCUUAUACAAUUUGUCUCUAGCUCCUCUUACUUCAGAAAAUAAAGACCGGAAAAAGCCUGGCAUGCAGAAGGUGCCAAGUUAAUUCAGAGAGACAGAAGUGUUAAAAAGGAAGUGAUCCAAAAUAGUCAUCAUGACAGCCACCAAGGAGCAGCUCAAUGCUAUCAGAGGAAGCCAGAUUCCACCAGAGCAGGAUGUUGGAGGAAGCAGUCCUCAGCAAAGAAACUGGAAAGGAAUAGCCAUUGCAUUACUGGUCAUUAUAGCUGUAUGUUCGCUUAUCACAAUGUCAGUCAUCCUUUUAACGCCAGAUGAAUCUUCACAUUUAAUGGAAAGCAGCUUAUGUCUAGAGGAUCUAUUUAAGAAGAAUUUUACAGUGCAUGAUCCGGGUGCCAAGUGGAUUAGUGAUACAGAAGUCGUAUAUAGAAAUCAGGACGGACGUGUUCUCAAACUGAAUGUGGAAAGAAAUGAGACUACAGUUCUGCUUCCAAACAACACUUUUGCAACCUUUAAAGCUACAAAAUAUGCAGUUUCCCCAGAUUUGAAGUACGUUCUUCUUGCUUAUGAUGUCAAAGAGGUCUUUCAUUACUCAUACACUGCAUCAUAUGUAAUCUACAAUAUCCAAACAAGGGAAGUUUGGGAAUUAAAUCCUCCAGAAGUACCAAAUGCAGUAUUGCAGUAUGCAGCAUGGGGGAUUCAGGGACAACAGUUGAUUUACAUUUUUGAAAAUAAUAUUUACUAUAAGCAAGAUGUAAAAAGCAGUUCUCUGAGACUCACAUCCUCUGGAAAAGAAGGGAUUGUUUUUAAUGGAAUUGCUGACUGGUUAUAUGAAGAGGAAUUGUUACACUCCCAUGUUACUCACUGGUGGUCUCCAGAUGGUGAACGAUUGGCGUUUCUUAUGAUUAAUGAUUCUCUUGUACCAAACAUGGACAUUACACAUUUUACUGGUGCUGUAUAUCCUAAAGGAAAGCGUUAUCCAUACCCUAAGGCAGGUCAAGCUAAUCCUACCGUAAAGCUCUACGUAGUGAACUUGUACGGACCAACUCAUACACUGGAGCUAAUGCCACCUGAAAACUUUAAAUCCAGGGAAUACUACAUAACAAUGGUAAAAUGGGUGGGCAACACAAGGACUGCAGUACGGUGGUUAAACAGAUUUCAGAAUCUCUCAGUCCUGACCAUCUGUGAAACAACAACAGGAGCAUGCUCAAAAAAGCAUGAAAUGGUAUCUGACCUAUGGCUGGAUAAUCAGAAUGAAGAACCAAUAUUUUCCAAAGAUAACAGCAAAUUUUUUAUGACUGUUCCAGUAAAACAAGGAGGUAGUGGAGAAUUUCAUCAUAUCGCCAUGUUUACAUACAAGGCUAAAAGUGAACAAAUCAGUGUCCGGCACCUAACAUCAGGAAACUGGGAAGUCACCAGAAUUUUGGCUUAUGAUGAAGAUCUUCAGAAACUUUAUUUUCUAAGUACUGAAGAUUCUUCAAGAGGAAGACACCUAUACAGUGUAUCAACAGAUGGGUUAUUAAACCGCCAAUGCCACUCAUGCAAUCUCAAUAACAGUCACUGUACAUAUUUCAGCACUGAAUUCAGUCCACGUAAUCAGUAUUUCCUCCUGAACUGCAAAGGCCCUGCUGUUCCAUCUGUCUCUGUACAUAGUGCAAGUGAUAUAAGAACAUUUUUUACAUUAGAGAACAACACUGUUUUAAAAGAAGAAUUGAAAUCCAAAAAAACUUUGAAAACUGAAAUCAAGAUAGUGGAACUAGAAGACUAUGAAUUUCCUCUACAGUUAUCUAUACCAGCAGACUUUUCAGAAAGUAAUUCAUAUCCUGUCCUGUUUAUUGUGGAUGGCGCUCCAGGAAGUCAGACGGUUACAGAUAAGUUUCACAUUGACUGGGAUACUGUGCUUGUCACUUCUAAUGAUGUCAUUGUUGCUCGGUUUGAUGGCAGGGGCAGUGGUUUCCAUGGGCUAAAAGUCUUGCAGGAAGUCCAUCGAAGCUUGGGAACAGUGGAAGUGAAAGAUCAUAUAGCAGCACUUCAAUCUUUAUUAAAUCUACCAUAUAUUGAUCAAAAUCGGCUUGCUAUAUAUGGGAAGGGAUAUGGUGGAUAUCUAACCUUGAUGAUCCUUAAAGCAACAGACAGAUUAUUUAAAUGUGGAGCUGCUAUGGCACCUAUCAUAGACUUUAAGCUGUAUGCUUCAGCAUUUUCAGAACGUUACCUUGGCUUUCCAUUGAAAGAAGAAAACUUGUAUCAGGUAUCUGGUGUACUACACAAUAUCCGAGGACUAAAGGAUGACAGAUUCUUAAUACUUCAUGGUACAGCUGAUGCAAAUGUCCAUUUCCAACAUUCAGCAGAAUUAAUAAAACACUUAAUGAAAGCUGGGAUGAAUUACACCAUGCAGAUCUAUCCUGAUGAGAGUCAUUACUUCCUGUCUGAAAAAAGCAAACACCAUCUCUGCAGUACAGUCCUGCACUAUUUCAGAGAAUGUCUAAAAGAAGAAUUUGUUGUAUUAAGACAGGAGCCUGAAGAAGAUGAAUAAAUUAAACUGCGUAAAGAAGUGGAUUUUAUUGUUUGGUGACUGUGACUCCGUGGCAGCAGUACAUUUCUGAAAUGUAACACAGACUGUUGGAAUACAGCAUCUACAGAAAACCAAGGCCUAUUAGAGGAUAAAUGUGGAACAGCACAUUACAGUCAGUGGGCUAGUAAUCUCUUGUAGCCCAGAUGUAGCUCUCAGUGAACUGACUUUUUGAAGGUUUAUCAGUUUGUUACUUUCUAUGACCUGUUUUAUUUGCUUUUAAGUAGAGAAAUGCAUGUUUAUUCUGUUGAACAUUGUUUGCUGUGUAAAUAACUGCUCUAGAUUUCAUUUAUAUAUAUAUAUAUAUAUUUGUUGAUUUCAAAUCAAUGCACAAACAUAAUUAAGUAGCAGUGGCUCUAUUCUUUUACUGGUAAAAUGCAGUGUAACACUUUUACUGUGACACAAAAAGUGCAAUUCUGUCUACUAAGCAUAUUAAAACACUAUUCAGUACAUAAAGGCAGUAUUUUCUACAAUAAAAUAUCUCUAUUUAAUCAUU